ACGCGAGCUGUCAAAUCGUGUGCCACAGUGGCCGCUGGAGAAAAGAGAAGAAUAGAGAAAAAAAAUCAAUCAAGUAAAUUGUGCCAACAUGUCGAACCGGUCGGUGCUAGGAUUUACGGGAAUUUUGCUGCUCGCGCUGCUUGCCCACACCCCGGCGGCGGUCGUGGCGGAGCCGGGCGAAACGCUGGUGCUGCUGGACAAUCUGGCCAUCCGCGAGACGCACUCCAUCUUCUUCAAAUCGCUGCAGGAGCGCGGCUACAAGCUCACCUUCAAGCUGGCCGAUGACGCCGGGCUCGUGCUCAGCAAGUAUGGCGAAUUUCUGUACCAGCACCUCAUCCUGUUCGCCCCGUCGGUGGAAGAGUUCGGCGGUUCGCUGAGCGUGGAAGCCAUCACCGAGUUCAUCGACAACGGGGGCAAUGUGCUGGUGGCCGGUAGCACCGCCUCGGGCGACCCGCUCCGUGAGCUUGCGUCCGAGUGCGGGUUCGAGGUGGACGAGGAGAAGGCGGCAGUGAUCGACCAUCUGAACUAUGACGUGUCCGAUGCGGGCGACCACACGACCAUCGUUGCCUCGCCCGACAAUCUGAUCGAUGCGAGCAUCAUCGUGGGCGAUCGGGCGGGUGUCGCGCCGCUGCUGUACCGCGGCACCGGUCUGCUGGCCGAUCGGGAGAAUCCGCUCGUGCUGCAGCUGCUGACGGCGGACAGUUCCGCGUACAGCUACGUGCCGGACGCCCCGAUCAAGGAGUACCCGCAUGCGGUCGGCAAGGGCACGCUGCUGAUUGCCGCGCUGCAGGCACGCAACAACGCGCGGGUUGUGUUUUCCGGCUCGCUCUACUUCUUCUCGGACGAAGCGUUCCUGGCGCCGGUCCAGCGUGCCCAGGCCGGUGGCAAGCACUUUGCCCGCUCGGGCAACCAGGACGUCGCGAUGGCCAUCAGCAAGUGGGUGUUUGGCGAGAACGGAGUGAUCCGAGCGCGGUCGGUGAGCCACAGCAAGGAGGGCGAGUCGCAGCCGCCGUCCGCGUACACCGUGACCGAUCCGGUCGUGUACACGAUCGAGAUUGAAACGCGCGGAAGCGACGGCAAGUGGAAAGCGUUCGAGGCGUCCGACGUGCAGCUGGAGUUUGUGCGCAUCGAUCCGUUCGUGCGCACGACGUUGGUCCCGGUUGGCGGUGGGCGUUACGAGGCCCGGUUCCUCAUCCCGGACGUGUACGGGGUGUACCAGUUCAAGGUGAACUACGACCGGAUCGGCUACACGCACCUGUACUCGACGACGCAGGUGUCGGUCCGGCCGCUCACCCACACCCAGUACGAGCGGUUCAUCCCGAGCGCCUACCCGUACUAUGCCAGCGCCUUCUCGAUGGUGGUCGGCAUGUUCCUGUUCUCGUUCCUGUUCCUGCACUUCAAGGACGAUGGUAGCAAACCGGGUCGCACCACCGCCGCCGCCGCCGCCAGCGAGAAGAAGGCUCAGUAGGCAGUAGAUGGCGCGAUAAACGUGGGAGAAGAAAAGCGCAAAUUUAUAGGUGCAACAUUUACAUCAAUUCGAAUAAUAAACGAACAAAAGUAAUACAGAAAAAAAAACAC